AUGAGUGGUGAUGAUGGUGGUGGUCCCUCCAAGAAACGGCGUAUUGACAAAGAACUUACCCGAAUGCUCAGGCUCCGGGAAGAGCUGCAAGCCCCCGACCAGGAACCGGAGAGCCAGAGAACCGAGGAACAGCAGCAGCAACCGCAGCAAACUACGACUCGACGACGACUACGGCAUCGAUUGCCGGAACAGCAACGAUGGCAUCCAAGCAAUUUUGCCGAACUUUCUUUGGUUACAGGUUCGGAGAAUAUAAGCGAACUAGAUGAGGAUGAACUGGAAGAGCGCUUGUGUUGCUGUCUUGCAACACGAGUUGGCAAUAACUAUCAGGCUUGCAUGCGCCCAGCUUUUGGGAUCUAUUUUAGCCAUCAGUUACGAUGCAAAGCUAUGGAAAAGCGCCUACCGUUUAGAGGCCAUUGGUACGUGUGUUUGUUUCAUUAUCGGAUUGUUAUGAAUGAACAGCCUUUGAAACCGGAAGAAUCACUGGAAUCGCGGGACCUAUCGAAGCAUCUGGCAAAAGAAGUUACCAGCGAAGAAAUGGAAGCCUACAUGAAUGAUCCAGUAACAAAAGUAAUCUGUAAUUUCAACGAUUUUCUAAAGUUUAAAAUUUUUUGUUUGCUUUUCGCUCCGUGA